CACGCUUCUAUGUUAACCUGAUCCAUUCUUGCCCAAUCAUGCUGGAAGACCUAUUUCAGCUUGAGUUCCAGUCAGACUCCCCUACAAGGUUCAAUCCCGGUGCCGCGGAGUUGGAUCUCUACGAUGGCGACAACGGGAUCGCGUUCGACAAGGAGCUCGCGAAACUCCUCAACCCGAAGAAAAACCAGUACGACAAGAUCCUCACGGUGCUUGAGGCCUCCGUGUUCAGCGAACACGGUUUCAAUGAGGACAUUGCCACACGAAGAUUGGCCAAAGUUCCAGACGACGCCGUUUUCAGCGAUCUCAUCACCCUAGCUGCCAUUGCGGGCCAUUGGACGAUUUCGUCACGGAUUUCGGACAAUUCCUCGGCCAACCCCCUUCCUAUAAACCAACGCGCCAUUUCCCUUCUCCAGCGGUACCUUGACGCUGUGAUGAUGGGUUCACGCACUGUUUUGACUGAAUCUGCAGAAGUUAUCUACAACAGCAACUCCCAGACCUCCGACAUUGACCUCGAGGUCACCCAGGAGGUGGAGCUGCUGGACGGAAAGGUAUUGGGCGACGAUGACAAGGCGAUUAUCAAAGAGCGACUCUAUGCCUUGGUGAAAUCAUUGGUGUUUCCAAAGUCUGUUUCUGCUAUGAGGCGGCUCCAGGCUUCCAGGGGCCGGAUCACACGGUCAGCUACCAUACCCGAGAUCUCCGCCAAAAGUUACCAAGAAAAGGUUACCGCCGAGGGUGAUUUACUUGAAGGUGCCAGCCCCGAAUUUGCGAUGAAGUCGCCGAAACGGCCAGCUACGGAGGACCUUAUGAUCUCCCCCAAGAAGGUGAAACCCAACGAGUUUUCCUCGCCCCACGGGUCCCUUGCUUCGAAUGACUCGUUCAUUUCGCCGUCAAAGGGUGCGCUUAUGCUUGACCUUGGUAGGCAAAAAAUGUCGGCAGAGUCCCUAAAGGCAGCGCAGAUGUUGCAGGACUCGCAAGACUUUGAGGAAACAAAAGAUGUGAUCCGGACCAUCAGCGGCCAAUAUUUGCUCAGCCAUACGUUGAAGGACAUCUGGCAGCUUUUUAAGUGGACAUUCAGCUGCGCUACUUCGGAAAAACUGGUUCACCAUGCGCUCUGGAAUACUUAUCGCCCUAUCAGCCACUUUGUGGUUCAAGUUUUCCGCCUCCAGUUGAACGAAAAGAUCGCCGAGAUGAACGACCUCAACACAGUCCACCGCGGCUGGCAGAACGUGCCGCGUGGAUACCGCGAAGUUGUGGUCAUGGAGCUCCAGGACAUGUUCUGGCACCAGCUCCUCAAAGCGCUCGGGACGUUUUCCUCCGAGUGGUGCGAAAAGGCAUGCGCUCUGGUGUUCUUCACCCACUGGCCUGGCAUGAGGCCCUUGUACCAGCAAGAAGUCACCCAGGCCCCGGGGGUGGUGCUUGAGGUGAUAGCAAUGAAAGGAAAGUACAACGUGGAGACGAUUCGGUUGAGACGCGAUCUCUGUGUGAUGCUUUAUGUUGGAAUGGAUGCCGUGUGGUUUGCUUCCGAGGGCAUGAACCGCCGCAGCUACGCGGUCGAUCCUCAGGAGUGGGUUUUAGCCGUGGCAGCCACGGUGGCGAAAAUGCCGCUACGGGAAUUCCGGGAGUUUUUCACCCUUAGCGACGAAUCAGCACCAAAGGAGCAGGAGUUCUUGUUUAAAGUGGGGAUUCUCUACACGGAUGGCUACUCGAAUCUGUUUGGUGCGUUUGGAAAGGAGCUAUCGCUUGAACGGGGCGAAGACACGGACAUCUUUGCCGUACUGGCCGACCUCAAGCCUAACUACAGAUUAAACUAUGAGGGUCACCUCUUAGACCAGACGAACAAAAUUGUGAUUGUGAUAUUCAUGGUGGUACAAGUGUGGAGUUGCUCUUGGAACGGGGACGUUAGUGUGGCCGCCAGGAGCAAGUUUCUCAAUCUAGCAGCCAGAGGCGAUAUAGCCAGACAGGAAUGGCUUGAAGUCCAUGCGGAGCAGGGUGAUGAUUCUGAUUCCACGGUCAGGGAUAGCGAGGAAGAGUGUCAAAUCCUAAUUGGUGCUACGCAAAGGGAGACUAAAAAAUGUGACAAGGAGUGGCCGUUGCAGUUGGCAAACAUGCUAAGGUGCCAGCCUGGUUGGGAUUAUGAGAGAGGAGACGUUAACGAGGGAUUUGCAGAUGCCUUUGAAGAGGCAAUAUUGGAAUUUGAGUUGUAAUAAUUGAUCUGAGCGAGACAAUUGUAUGAGAUUACGUUAUCCAAUACUUUGUUUCUGGCCAUUUAUGACAUUCUGAGGGUGUGAUCUACUCAUUGUUGUGGUCUCACCAGGGUGAUAGGUGAAUUCAUCAACACUGAAUGCACACACUAUUGGCGAAGGAGGCAGCAGAUAGCCCUGUUACCUAGUUGACGGUUUAUGCUAAAUCCUGAAUCUUUAUUCCGGUGGAGCCUUUGCAAGCAGCAACUGAUGAAAUCGAAAUAAGGCUGCUCGAGAAUUAGACUAUUAUUUAUGAAAAAACACACACACACACACACAUUAGGAACAAUUUGAAGUCUCGAUAC